AUGGCUACGUCGGAUUUUGUGCUGGGUGGUGUGGCUGCCAUGGGAGCUGGAGUGUUUACCAAUCCUGUGGAGGUGAUCAAAACUCGCAUCCAACUGCAGGGAGAGCUGGCCGCCCGAGGAUCGCAUGCCCAGCCCUACAAGAGCGUCUUUCAGGCCUUUGUUACUGUGGCCAAAAAUGAUGGCAUCCUGGGCUUGCAAAAAGGUUUGGCCCCAGCUUUAUGCUUUCAGUUUGUCAUUAACUCUUUCAGGUUGAGUAUUUACACCCAUGCUGUGGAGAAGGGUUGGGUGCACAACAGCAGGGGCGAGAUCUCCUUUGCCCGCGGCAUGUUCUGGGGCGCCUUGGGCGGAGUUGUCGGCUCCUAUUGCGCCAGCCCCUUUUUCCUGAUCAAGACGCAACUUCAGGCGCAGGCCGCCAAGCAAAUCGCCGUCGGCUAUCAGCAUCCGCACACCUCGAUGAGUGAUGCAAUAAGGCAGAUAUACCGGAAGAACGGCGUCUUUGGACUCUGGCGGGGAUCCAUGGCCAAUGUGGGCAGGGCCACCACGGCCUCGGCCGUGCAAAUCGCCACCUUUGGUCAGGCCAAGUCGCUUUUGAAGGAGAGUGGAGUAAUCACUCAUCCCACCUGCCUGUCCUUCUGCUCGGGCCUAGCGGCAGGGUCAUUUGUGUCGGUGGCCAUCACACCUUUGGAUGUGAUUACCACGCGGCUGUAUAACCAGGGUGUGGAUGCCCAUGGGCGGGGGCUUUACUACAAUGGUUGGCUGGACUGUGUCCUUAAGAUCCUCAGAUCGGAGGGAGUGCAUGGCUUGUACAAGGGCUUUUGGCCCAUUUACCUGCGUAGUGCUCCGUACUCCACCUUGGUGCUUUUGUUUUUCGAUGAAUUGAUUGCUCUGCGUGAGAGGUAUAAUCUUAAAUAAUAAUAAUAAUAAUUU